AUGAGUGACGCACAAAUGAUUACGAGGUUAGAAUUUUUACCAAAUGAAAUAUUAAUUCAAUGUUUUGAAUAUCUGAAUGCAUUCUAUAUUUUUCAUGCAUUUGAUCAAUUAAACCAUCGUCUCAAUCGCGUCAUUCGUGGUAUAUCAUUAUGUAUUGAUAUGGAAGAAGAUAUCGACAAAUCGGUGUUUGAUCGAUUUUGCAUCAAAAUGUUACUAAAUCCACAAAUGAAAAAUCAAGUACAUUCAUUAAGUUUACCUUCACAUGGAUCUGGUAGACCUAAAAAUCUGCAAACCAAAACGUUUUUGUCGUUUUUCUCACUGGAAGAGUUCCAAAAUCUUCAAAGAUUUAAAAUAAAUGCAGACAUAAAACCUAUACCAACGGGUUUCACAUCAUCGUAUUUUAAUUCGGAAAGCAGGCUGGACUUCUGCAACGCAUCGUUCCCUAAACUACGAGCAUUAUCAAUGUCGAGAUUAAAUCACCCUUUAGAGGAUCUUGAAAUCACCAAUUUAUCAAUUACCAACCUGCGAGUUGAUUACUGUGAUAUGAACGAUAUUUAUUACUUCUCAAAGUGUGCACCUAUGUUAAAAUAUCUACAUGUUAAUACGUUUUCUCGUUCAAGUAACUCUUCUAAGAAGAAUACGAAAGAAUCUUGGCUUUUUCUGGAACGAUUGAUCCUCGAUGAUGUUCAUUGUUCUUCAUUGGAUGCUUUUGAAGCGUUCUUGAAAGUUACACCAAAUAUCAAAAGUUUAUCAAUAUCUAGUGAUGAAAUCGAUCUAAUCGAUGCUGCUGAAUGGGAAAGAUUAAUUACAAUCUCAUUACCACACUUAGAUGUUUUCCAAUUUAUGUUUAUCUGUAGUUGCUAUCGAAACCGGGAUGAGAUCAUUGAUAAAUUUCAAGCUUUUCAAACUGAUUUUUGGCAAAAACAACAUAAUUGGUUUAUUGAAUAUUCAGUAAUAGGUGAUAAAGCUCUCAUUUACACAAUACCUUUCGCACCAAAUAUGGAUAUACUGAAACGACAUCGCGAAAUCUAUCGCCAUAAUUUCAAAGACAACGUCAACACAUUUGUUAAUGUCAGGAAGUUAGCGUUAGAUGAAGAAAUGUUAACAAACAAAUGUAAAGCGUAUUUUCCAAAUGUUACAUCUUUAGAAUUACGUAUGAAUUUGGAAUCUUUAUCGAUAGAGCAGACCGAACGUUUAGUGAAGAUCGUUAAUCCAUUUCACGUGAAAUUUUUAGAUAUCUCCCAUGUAGAUAAUAGGAAUAGUUCGUUAUUGUUAAAACUAUUCGAUCAAAUGCCACAGUUAUCUGGUUUGUCUGUUGCACGAAGAGCAAUAGCUGCAUUUCUUAAUGACGAUGAAUUAUGCAAAUAUUUAAGAAAAGUUCAAAGGUUACAUGUAAUGGAAUAUGGUUGGUGGAUUACCGAGGAUGAUUUAUUCCAAAGAAAUAAGUUUUAUGAAGUAUUUUCCAAUAUUAAACAUUUACGAUUGGAACACGGUCGCGGUAUAAGAUUGUUAUCGUCACUAAACCGUUUACCAAAACUAUCAACUUUUGAAGAAAAAUGGGUAACUCAAAAGAGUCCUGAACUUUAUCGCUCCCAAAUGGCAAGUAAAGUCGAACAACUGAAUGCAAUCUAUAAAAUUAGUAUUGAGAAAGAAGAAGAGUGGGAUGACGAUUCUUCCGAUACUGACAGUGAUCAUCAUUGGUAUAGCUAUUAUGAUGAAAAACGAAAGAAAUACUAUUAUACGGUAGAAAUAUGCAUAUGGUUGGGCAACAAUAUGUCCUAA